CCCCUUCCGUCAUUAAGACGAGACGGCAACUCAAUUUAUGGAACGGAAAGAAUUCACGUUCUAUAUUUUAUGUAGUCAUUGUCACACGCAUCUCAUACACGGGCCGAUGGAUGGCGCUGUCCGCCAGGGUUCCUGUUGACCUGCGCGUUUGCAUGUGACAUUGGGACCAGAGGAGGGUCGAGAGUUUCUUCCUGUAACCGUUUGUUUUGUUUAUCAAUGUCACUUUAGGUAUUUGUGGACUCUAAAGGACGCAGCACCAUGAGACUGACGGCUUUCCUGGCUGCUGCUGCCCGUGUCGUGCUGCCUAAAGACUACCGCUAUGGCACCAACAGACCGUGGACUGUGGCUGCUCAGAGGAUGAACCCGCCCGGCAAGAGGAGAAAGAAGGUGUUUGUGGAGCCCGUAGCCCCGGAGGACUGGUGGGUGCUGAGGGGGGACACGGUGGAAAUUCUGUCAGGAAAGGACAAAGGAAAACAAGGAAAAGUGAUUCAAGUCAUUAGAAAGAGAAACUGGCUCAUCCUGCAAGGAUUGAACACACAUUACAGGUUUAUUGGUAAAACUGGUGACUACCGUGGGACCUACAUUGCCAGCGAGGCUCCCGUUCUGCUCCGUGACGUUGCCCUCAUCGAUCCCUCAGACAGGAAGCCCACAGAGAUAGAAUGGCGGUUCACAGAAGAGGGUGAGAGAGUCAGAGUCUCAGUCAGGACGGGUCGAAUUAUCCCCAAACCUGUUGUGGAGCGACGAGACGGCAUAGUGCCUCAGCAGUGGAAAGAUGGACCCAAAGACACAAGUCCAGAGGACGCACUAGAGAAGACACACUUAGCAUCUUUGAAGACUCUGGAGGAGGAGGUGAUGGAGAAACUUGGGAUCCAGGAAAACAGGAGGCAGAGAAAGUCCUACUGGUAUUAGCUGGACUGUCUUAACACAACUGCUGACUUUAUGGCACCAUAGGCUCAUGUUUGUAUUUUGUGUGAGAAUAAAUGUAACCAAAAUAUUACAAACU